AUGAGUAAUGAAGCAGUGGCAGGAUUUAUAGUUACAAAAACUAUUUAAUAGAAUCCUUUGAGAUAUUAUGAUGCUAAUUUUAAUGAUUAUAGAGAUAAAAACAUGAUUAUGUAUAUUUAGAAAAAAUAUGCAGAUCUAAAAAGUAAAGUUUUAAUUUCCUGUAGAACGAACUGGAGUUAAAAUUUUACCAAAACAAACCUUUGCUAAUACUUAAUUAUAAGUGAAAUUAAAAGCUUAAGAAGGCAAUAAGGAUUAUCAAACAAAUUAUGAAUUAUAACCUGAAGUUGUAGAAAUUAUGUAAAGAGUUCUUGAUAAAGAAUAAUUAGAAAAUUUAUUAAAUUUUUAGGUGGUUCCUAAAAGAUCAAAAAAUUGGAAGAAAAAACCUAUAUCUGUUUAAUAAAAAUUAGCUAUGAUGAUGAAUGAUAAAAUAGAAUAAGCUUAAUUAGAUGAUCUUUAUAAAUGUUAUAAAAGAUAAAAUCUAAAACAAAAUGUAUUUAUUUAAAUGAAAUUUAGCUUAAAGAAGUAAAGACAUAAAUGAAAAACACAAAAGAUACAAAUAAAAAUAUUGGAAAACAUAAAGGAUAUUAGAAUAUUGAAUUAGAAGAUUAAGAAUAAGUUAAUUUUUUUAUGAAAAAACUUUGUGAAGAUUAAAAUAUGAAUGCUUGCACAGUUUUAGAUAUUUAAAAUAGUAAAUUUGAAGUUUAAUUGUAAUUUUAGAUGAAUUAACAUUUAAAGAAGAUUAAUGGGAUGAAAUGGAAAGAUGGAGAAACAUAGUAUAAAAAAGAAUUACAUAAGAAUAAUUAUUAGAAAUAAUGCGUGAAGAAGAAUUAAAACAAAAUAAAUAGCUAGUCAAAAUUUUCAAAGAAACUAGGAUAGAUUAAUUUGAUCCAGACUUUUUUAAAAGUAAAGUUAAAAUGACAACAAUGAAAAGAGUUAAUUAAGCAUAAGAUUCAUAAUAUCAUAAGUUUUUUGUUUCUACUGAAACUUAAGCUAAUGGUUUAACUCCAGAAGAUUUUAGAAGAAAAAAUCAAUAAUAUUAAACUACAAAAAGCCAUUUUAUGGAGAAUUUAAGUAAAGUCUCAAGAACUACAAGACCAUAGACUAGUGUUAGUAGAACACUAAAAACUUAGACAAGUGUAAAAACAGAAAUAGAAUUUAAUAAAUUCUUAAAGUAAUGUGAUGUGGUUGAGAAUAAUUUUAAAAAAGAAAAACAUUUAUUAAAAUAGAAGUUUAGUUCUCUUGAUAAUAUAAUGGAAAAAGCUAGUCAAUAUUUAUCAAUGGAUAAACCUUAAUUUGAGAGAGAACCUAAUUAAGAUUUUGAGAAGUUUAAAAGACAAAGAUUAUUUAAAAAGAAAUUUGUGACUUAUUUAAUUGACAAAGUAGAAAAACAAUCUGAUUUAUUGAGUGAAAAAAUAAAAUAAUCUACAUCAAAGUAGUUUAUUGAAAGAAUUCUAUCAGAAGAAUAAUGA